AAUUUUUUUUUCCUGUUCAACUGUAAUAGCUGUAACAUACCACCUGAGGGAACUCAUGCAACACAAUCUUUAUUUUAAAAAAAUAAAUAAAAAAAGGUUGCCUUACUGCAGUAAAAUAAUAGAGUACGUAUUUGAACCAAAAUUCUAAUAUAAUAAAAAAUAUUAUCUUUCUUAAAAUACUGUGCAAAAUAAAAUCGAACUAUCGUACAGUAUAAACACAAAUCGAAAUAUAUACCAAUCUGGCAACUCGUAGGUCACCGUGGCUGGUUAGAGCGCGUUCCUAUUGGCUGCUAUGAACCAGGAAGCAACAUGGCGGUCUCGCCAGAGCAACACAGUUCUACUAGUCAUUUUGUUAGAGAGAUUGAAAAAACUGAUGGCUCAGUUCUGAAGGUAUAUCAGUACAGCACAGGCGACGUAGGCUGCGUGGUUUGGGAUGCGGCUAUUGUGCUAUCAAAAUACCUCGAAACAGACCAGUUUUGUAAUUCACGGUCCGGUGCCAGCACAUGGUCCUCUAAACACAUGCUCGAGCUUGGCGCAGGGACAGGAGUGGUGGGCAUCAUGGCCGCCUCUCUGGGAGCCAAUGUCACAGUGACAGACUUGGAGGAUCUCCAACCUCUCCUUAAACUAAAUAUCCGGGAAAACCGAGAGCUCCUCAGUACAGGCUCAAUCACAGCCAAGGUACUGAAAUGGGGUGAAACAGUGACAGAUUUUCUGCCACAUCCCGAUUACAUUCUAAUGGCUGACUGCAUCUAUUAUGAACAGUCUGUGGUGCCUCUGGUGGAAACGUUGAAGAUCCUGGCUGGACCGAAAACCUGUGUCAUCUGCUGCUAUGAGCAGCGCACAAUGGGAGUUAAUCCUGAAGUGGAGAAGAGAUUUUUUGAGUUGCUGUUGCAAGACUUUGAAGCUGAGGAGGUGCCAGCUGAAAGACAAGACCCCGAGUUUAAUAGUCCAGACAUCCACAUUCUCCAUCUACGGCGCAGACAAGGCUGAAUGGCUUUCAUGCAAAGAGUGUGCAUUUUUUUGUGUAUUCAGUCCUGCCAACCAUUAUGUACUUUGUUUAAUAGUUUAACAUCUCCGCUUUAAACACCGUACGAGUAUUUUCCUAAUAAAAGAAAAGCUCAAACAACUUUUGAAUCUGUAAGGAUUUACUCAACUCUGAUAUUAACUGAAACUUUGUAAGGUGUAAGGCUGUUUGAAAAGUGAGAUAAAUGGAAAAUGUUCACUGAUGUGAAAUUAAAACUACCAAUGUAUGUUUGACCUCAGUAGCAUUAGAAAUGUAUAGUUAAUAUUGCUUUGUUUAUCAGGGUAAUGCAAAUAUUUGUUUGGUCGAAAACAUUACUCUUUUAUCUGAAAGAAGCAAAUCUGACAAAAAUGUAGGCCUUGCAAUGAAGUAAAAAAUUAUAUAACAAUAAUAAUAAUAAUAAUAAUUGUGAUAAAUGCACAGUGAUUCUCAUCGCCAUGUUAUUUUGGCAUCUAGGGUGUAAUUCAUUCAAGUGUGUGAUUGUGUCUGCUCUCUAGUGCAGCUGCUUCAACCGUUUCAUCCAUUUAAGAAUAAAUAGUAUUUAAUGCAUAAUAGCAUGUUUGAUCCUAAUGCAAUGUAAAUAAAACAUCUUUCCAGGCACCGCA